AUGCGACUUCAACGACUCGUGUUCUUUUUGGGUGUCGUCGUCCUCGCAGGCUUCUCGGUUGUGUUCCUUAGAAGAAGUCACCAUGAUUUCGACUUACCUCUAAAUCAGUCUCCUCCAGCUCCUCCACAACCUCCUUCUGUACAUGUUUCUAGCAAUGCACAGCAGCAGAAACAGGAACCAGAAAGUCCCGAGACAACCCUCUUCCCCACGGAUCGACACCCAGUCGCCAUUUUAGUCGAAAAUGCAGAGCAGGAAUUCGAACAGCUGCAAUCGCGGCAGUCCAAGACUUUGACCGACGCUGUCAAUGAGUACCGCCGUCGAUAUCAUAUGCACCCCCCGCCGCAUUUUGAUAAGUGGUUUCAGUUCGCUCAGUCGAGGGGCGUCCAAUUGAUUGAUGAAUACGACACGAUCUACCACUCCUUGCUGCCUUUUUGGGCGAUCGAGCCAAAGGUGAUUCGUGAACGUGCGCGCGAGGCGCUUGGAUAUGACAACGCUGUGAUUGGAGUGCUCAUCAGAAAGGGAAAGGUCACUCUGGUCGAAGGAGGUGGCGAUGGAUACAAAUGGCAGCGCGAUGCUACUGUUGGGAUGAUGAGUGAUUUUGUGGAGUUCCUACCAGAUAUGGACCUCGUUUUCAAUACACACGAUGAGCCUCGAGUCGUCAUUCCGAGCGAUGAUCUGCAUAGGAUGGUCAGUAUUGCGAAGGACAGCGUGCUUCCGAAAUCCUUCCAGAGUCAAUCGCCGACAAACGCGUGGUCGCCUCGGCCCAAAGAUUUGAACAAGGGUGAUCGGAUCGAUGAAGUGCGCACGACCCGUUUCAAUCGGUAUGCGCAUCAGUCCACAUGGACCGACUCUCGAGCUUCCUGCCCGGUUGACAGCCCCGCCCGAUCCCUGGACGAGGAUGCGCCAGAUAAUGUCGGAGCCUACAAACGUGGAAACCCGGGUUUUAUCCACAAUGCCACUGCCUUUUCCGAUAUCUGCAAUACUCCGUCACUGAGGAAAACUUACGGCUUUUUUGAUCGCCCAAAUGCUUUUGACGUGGUUCACGAUCUAUUCCCGAUAUUCUCGCAGAGCAAAAUCUCCAGCUUUCAAGAUAUCCUCUACCCAAGUCCCUGGUACUGGGCUCACAAGGUUCCCUACGAGGAAAAAAACGAUUACCCUUGGAAUGAGAAGCAAGAAAAGAUGUUCUGGAGGGGUUCCACAACCGGAGGUUUCUCUCGAGCUGGUGGCUGGCGGCGGCAGCACCGUCAAAUUUUUGUCGGCAACAUCAAUAGCCUGGACGAUGUCAAAGUUCUUUCUAAGAACACUGACGGUCAAUGGCAAACCAAGGAAGUCAGUCGCGCAGAUUAUCAUGAUCUGUUCGACGUCAAAUUCACAUUCAUCGGGCAAUGUGACCCCAAUGACUGUAACGCUCAGAGGGAAUUCUUUGACGUCGUGGAUGCGGUUGGUCCGCAGGAUGCAUGGGCUUUCAAGUAUCUGGUCGAUAUCGACGGGAACGCAUUCAGUGGCCGAUAUUACGCCUUUCUGCACAGCAACAGUCUAGUUUGCAAAGUUGCUAUUUUUCGUGAAUGGCACGACGAGUGGAUCAAGCCCUGGGUACACCACGUUCCUCUGAGUUUGGCGGGCGACGAGUACGUUGAGACGAUGCGGUACUUUGUCACCGAAGAUGAGGGCAAAAACACGGCGGCAAAGAUUGCGCGAAAAGGCCAGGAUUGGGCCCUGAAAGCGUUACGAAAUGUCGACAUGGAAGUGUGGUUCUUCAGACUGUUAUUAGAGUACGGACGUUUAAUAGACGAAAACCGGGAGAAUCUGGGAUUCUCCCUCUGA